AUGAUUGAAGAGGAGUUAGAGGUACCAUACUCAAAACCCAGGUCAUUAACUAUCAAAGGCUUGUCAGAGGGUUUUACUCAUCUGGAGAGAGCCUUGGCUUCUUUUGAGGGAGAAGACUCUAACGUUGCCAGGUUUGACAGAAUCUGGAGAGGGAUCAUGGAUUUGGUAACUUUUUACAAGGAAACCCUGAAGGAGAAGCAGAUGAAGAAAAGUGUGCAGUUUAGGCUUGACACUUUCUUCCACAAGUCUCCAGUACCACCUCCCACUCCUAAUCCUGAAGUGAUGCCAAAUCCAGAUCCCCCUGUACUACCUGGACCCUCCGUAGCAGCCCGUCCACCUCUAGUAGAACCCUUUGAUAGUGAUGAUGACCCAGAUGACCCUGAGCCUUUCCAUGGUUUUGAUGUCUCACCCUAUUCAUCAGAUCUAGAUGUAGCCUCCUCAGAGCCCAAAUCAGUUGACACUACUAGUGCUGUCACCUAUCCAACUUCAUCAGACUCCCAAGCACCUGCAAAUUCCACUCCAUAG